AUGGAUCUAAAUCAGAAGCGAACCAAAACGGUUGACCGAGUCGAUCCGGUUGAUCCUGCUGAGGUGUCGCCGGAAUCAACUCCGGUGUAUCCGUUUCCUGACGAGGUUCUAGAACCGAUGCUCUCGCAGAUAAACUCUCACAAGGACCGCAGUUCCGUGUCUCUAGUAUGUAAAAACUGGUACAACAUUGAGCGGUGGAGUAGACGUCAUGUGUUUAUCGGAAAUUGCUACUCGGUGUCGCCAAGGAUUGUAGCCGGGAGGUUUCCUCAUAUUCGGAGCAUGAACUUGAAGGGGAAACCGAGGUUUUCAGAUUUCAAUUUAGUACCGGAGGAUUGGGGAGCUGAUGUUCAUCCAUGA